AAAGAGAAGUAGGGGAAGAUAAAGCUGGACAGCUGGGGAGACCACAGUUUCAGGCCGUGUGGGACUUCUCGGCUACCCUGCAGUAGGCAACAUGCCUUUGGUCCUACUUUCUAUCCUCUGGCUCAUCACUCCAACUCAAGCAAUGGCCAUAAAGCAAACACCUGAAUUAGAGCUCUAUGAAGUAGUUCGCCCUAAAAAACUACACAUUUUACACAAAAGGGAGAUACAAAACAACCAGACAGAGAAUGGCAAAGAGGACAGAUAUGAACCUGAACUUCAGUAUCAGAUUACAUUAAAUGGAGAAGAAGUUGUUCUUCACCUACAAAAGAGCAAACAUCUCUUGGGGCCAGACUACACCGAAACGUAUUACUCACCCGGAGGGGAGAAAAUCACUACAAGCCCUCAGAACCUGGAGCAUUGCUACUAUAAAGGACACAUCCUCAAUGAAAAGGAUUCUGUUGCCAGCAUUAGUACUUGUGAUGGGUUGAGAGGAUACUUCGUGUAUCAUGACCAAAGAUACAUGAUAAAGCCUCUGAAAAGUACAGACCAAGAAGAACAUGCUGUCAUCACAUAUAACCAGGAAGAGCUUGACCUGGCUAAUCACACCUGUGGUGUAAGAAGUGUUGGCAGGAAACAAGGCCAUAUUCGAACCUCUAGGUCACUCAAUAGCCCGGAGCAAGAAGACUUUCUUCAGGCUGAGAAAUACAUUGAUCUCUUUUUGGUGCUGGAUAAUGCCUUUUACAACAUAUAUAAGGGGAAUCUAACUUUGAUAAGAAGCUUUUUGUUCGAUGUGAUGAACCUACUCAAUGUGAUCUAUAAAACAAUAGAUGUUCAAGUGGCUUUGGUGGGUAUGGAAAUCUGGUCUGACGCUGAUAAGAUAAAGGUGGUACCCAACACAGGUGCCACCUUUAACAACUUUCUGAAUUGGCAUCGUUCCAACCUGGAGAAAAUGAAGAUACACGAUCAUGCACAGCUACUCAGUGGAAUUGACUUCACCAACCGACGUGUAGGAAUGGCAGCCACGAAUUCCUUGUGCUCCCCAUCUUCAGUUGCUGUUAUUGAGGCUAAGAAAAAGAAUAGUGUGUCUCUUGUAGGAGUGAUGUCGCAUGAAUUAGGUCAUGUCCUUGGUAUGCCUGAUGUUCCAUAUUACACCAAAUGUCCCUCAGGGAGUUGUGUGAUGAAUCAAUAUCUGAGCUCAAAAUUCCCAAAAGAUUUCAGUACAUCCUGCCGUGCACAUUUUGAGAAAUACAUUUUAUCUCAAAAACCAAAGUGCCUGCUACAAGCACCAAUUCCUAAAAAUAUAAUAACAAAGCCAGUGUGUGGGAACCAACUUCUGGAAGUAGGAGAAGAUUGUGAUUGUGGCCCUCCUAAGAAAUGCUCCAAUCCUUGCUGUGAGGCCAUGACCUGUAAAUUAAAAUCUGAAGCUGACUGUAGAGGAGCCACUCUGAACCAUAUCAUACAGUGAAUCAAAAAAUCUCCUUCAUUGAGAUGCUACUUGCUGGGACAAGAAUCAAGAGAUCUAAACUCACCAGAAAUCUUGUGUAUUUUCACUGUUGCAUUUAGAUAUAUUUUGCUUUCCAUUUGGAAUUGUACUUCUUCUAUUUUUAUCAGCCUAGCCAACAGGUAAAUACAGGAAUUCAGAGAAAUUGCCUGUUUUCUAAAGCCUGAUCUUUAAUGUAUUUUUAAGGAUGGUGAGGCUAACUCUGCUCUUUGGGGAACAAAAGAAAUUAGCCUUUGACCAAAACGCCUCAAGGUGCCGCUGAAUUAUACAGGCUCAAUUGAGAACUGUGAACUCUACAAGUGACUGACAUUUUUACCCCAAUCUCAUUUUGCUUGUAUAACCCAUGGCAAAGCAAGUCCACUUGAUGAGAGAAGCUUUGGCAGAAGAAGGGAGAACAGAAUUCACGUGUCAUUUUAUUACCCUUCAGUAUUCUACUUAUCUUGUUCUUAGAAGUGUGGUAUUUGUCUAUAUCAUGUCAAGAGCAAUUACAUAGAAAUAUAUUUCAUUUUAUCACGUGUUAUCCUUUCUCACCAUCACAUGUAAUGCUAAUUUUGAGAAGGCUUCAUGCUCACAUUUUGAUUUACCAUCAAAGAAUGUUUUAUUCAUCUAUUGAUGGAAUAGACACCUUACUGUCAAUGAAUAAAACCACAAAUGUUUGAGA